AUGCUAGAGUUUCCAAUAUCAGUUCUCCUUGGCUGCCUAGUGGCUGUCAAAGCGCAAAGCACGUUCCCAAACUUCGAGAGCGAUGUCCUGAACGAACAUAAUAAGUUCAGGGCGCUACACGUUGACACGGUGCCCCUCACGUGGUCAGAUACUCUGGCCACAUAUGCGCAGGAAUAUGCCGACCAAUAUGAUUGCUCGGGAAUCUUGACGCACUCUGAUGGCCCAUAUGGUGAGAACCUUGCCCUUGGCUACACUGAUACCGGAGCUGUGGACGCCUGGUAUAACGAGAUUAAAAAGUACAAUUAUUCGGACCCUGGGUUUUCUGAAUCCACGGGUCACUUCACCCAAGUGGUCUGGAAGUCCAGUACACAGAUCGGAUGUGGUUAUAAGUAUUGUGGUAAGACGUGGAACAAUUAUAUUGUCUGCUCCUAUAACCCUCCUGGAAACUACUUGGGCGAGUUUGCGGAAGAAGUGGAGCCACUUAUAAGCACUGACCCUUCGUCCUCAUCCUCAUCCUCAGCUGCACCAACAACCAUCUCUGCGAUUUCAUCUAGUAUCAUGCCCGCUGUAGCGCAGGGAUAUACAACAUUGAUAUCAUCUGAGGCCACUAGCUCUCCAGUAGCGACCACCAUAAACCCCGCAAAGACUGCUAGACUCACUGCGUCAUCAUCUACUAGACUCACUGCGUCAUCAUCUACUAGACUCACUGCGUCAUCAUCUACUAGACUCACUGCGUCAUCAUCUACUAGACUCACUGCGUCAUCAUCUGCUGCAUUUACCAGUAGGAUCGAAGCAGGUACCUCCUUCGCUAGUUCAUCAGUUUCAAGUUCCCUGACCAGGUCCAUUGCUACACCUGAUGCUACUUCCUCGAGUGCCAUCUCUACCGUUGCUGCCUCAUCUACCACUACUACUGCUUCAAGUGGUGUUUCUUCCAGUAGUGCAUCUUCUAGUUCUGCCUCAAGCACUGCCACCUCAAGCACUGCUACCUCAAGCACUGCCACCUCAAGCACUGCCACCUCAAGCACUGCUACCUCAAGCACUGCCACCUCAAGCACUGCCACCUCAAGCACUGCCACCUCAAGCACUGCUACCUCAAGCACUGCCACCUCAAGCACUGCCACCUCAAGCACUGCCACCUCAAGCACUGCCACCUCAAGCACUGCUACCUCAAGCACUGCCACCUCAAGCACUGCCACCUCAAGCACUGCCACCUCAAGCACUACCACCUCAAGCGUCACGUCUAGCGACGCUGCUUCAUCCAGUGGUACCUCGACUAAGAGUUCUAUGAGCACCAUUUCCAGUUCCGUUAAUUCUGUAAAGUUUGCAAACACUACUAUAUCUUCUGCUAAAACCACAUCCUCCGUGUACGCUUCGUCGUCAUCUCUGAUGACCACGAGAGCCGCUGAUGUUAGCACCUCCAAGAAGGCCUCAAUUUCAGCUUCCGAGCCUACAGAUCUAGUUACCAGUGCAACUAACGCCGCCCAUUACGCAACCAGACCUGAUUCACGCCCCAAAAGCUCCUCUGAAGCCCUUACUUCCUCUUUGAAGACUGCUAAGGCAAUCAAUACAGCCGAGUCUGCAAGCUCAGCUAGUAGCUCCACCAAGCCCACUAAAUAUACCACUACAUCUUCACCACACAUGACGUCAGUGACUCCACCCGCUUCAAGUUCCGCAAAUCAUACCACUGGCAUUGUUGAUCUCAGAUCCAGUAACGGCUUUUCUAAGAGUGCUUCCGUGUUGGUCUCCAGUGCAAGUCUUGCUGCCGAACACACCACCCUGUCCAACCAUUCCCCUGCGACCAUCACAUCGAUACCCGCCUCUGCUUCCAGUGCUGUUGCAAAUACUUCCAUUAGCCGUGAAACUUCAAGUUUAGAAACUUCAAGUGUCGAAACCUCUACACACACUACUAAAAUUAUUACUACCUUGGUCUCUUCUGUGAACAACUCUACAAGCUCAAGCGCCACAGUAUCGUUGGAUCCUAUCAACAACUCAGUUAGCUUGACCGACGCAACUAAACACACUAGUACAUCUUUAGAUAGCUCGAGUACCACCAGUGUUAAUGCUUCAUAUAACACAACAGUUAUCGUGUCUACGAGUAUCUCCAAGGAUGAUUAUUCAGGCAAAUCCCACCUCACCGUCUCCACUUCAACUACUACUAAAAACGAAUUGAUAACCAACACCAUUACAGCUUCUUGUAGUACAAGCACUAAUUUCACCGUUUCCACUGCUUCCCCCACAGACGAGGCGAUGAUCACUACCGCAAUCACCACCUCUUGCAGCACUUCAAACGGCGCCACAACCCAGACCAAUGAGGCAACUACGCCGCCUUCUAAGACCACUACCACUACCUAUCUAGAAAACGAUCACACUGCCUUUUCCGGCUUCGAUGCGGACGUCAACGCCGCAACUACCAUUAACUUCAGAGGCAUAUCUUCUCAACCUAGCGGUGUCGCCACAUCAGAAAAUCCAAACGAAACUGCUCCCGUCAAAUUGACUUCAAACGAAGGCGAAGCCUCCGCAACGACCACAACUAAACAAACUUCUGCUACUUCGCACGCUAAGCCAUCUAGUCAGGACGUUAGCACAGGAAUAACUAGUAGCAACCGUGGUCGUUCAACAACCACCCAACCAAAGAGAUCCGUCUCGCAUCAGCCAACUUCUUCGAUCUACACUCAACUUAAACACGGUACAUCCACUACCGCACAACUAUCUGCAUACGAAGGCGCUGCAGCAUCCCCAUUUAUUUUCCCGUGCAACAAUCUACCAGAAACAAUUGCCGCUUUCGUCGUAGCUGUUCUACUCGCCUUCUAG